AGCGGGGCAGGUGUCCCUCUCCAAGUGUCCAGGCUGAGGCCCAGCCCCUCUGGCGCUGGGAACCCCGGCUGACCGGGCAGUGGGGCUCAGAGGUCCACCAAGUGAUUCCUAAGAACAGUGAGAUCUGACCUUCCAGCUCCCUUUCCUCAUAUGCCUGUCUGAGUCAGCCUGCAUUGAUCGGGAGUGAAUUCACAGCCGGUCCAACAUGAACUGGAAGGUUCUUGAACACGUGCCCCUGCUGAUGUAUAUCUUGGCAGCGAAAACAUUAAUUCUCUGCCUGGCGUUCGCUGGAGUCAAAGUGUACCAGAGGAAAAGAUUGGAAGCAAAACAGCAAAAACUGGAAGCCGGAAAGCAGCAGCAGUCAGAGAAGAAAGAUAACUAAAGGGACAUCCAAGAUUUUGUAAUUUAAAUGUCAGCUUGAGUGGACUCCAGCUGAGAAGAAAGAGAAGGAAGACUUAAUUAUUGAAUGCUGGAUCAAAGGAUAAACUCUCAGCCUAUAGCUCUAACUUAAAAUUAUGUGAAUUUUUAUAUGCUCUUAAAAGAACCAGUAUUUUGUUUACUAAAAUAAAAUACAUUUGUAAAAAAGGUGUCUCUGGUCUUU